CAAUCAGUAAGAAUGGUUGCGAAGAUAUUACAACUAAUAAUUGUUCUAGUAUCGAUGACAAAUAGUGUACACUGUUGUAGGUGUCGUGGUUAUUCUCACCCUCAAAAUCAAUUCUGCUCUGCUGAUUAUGUAUUGUAUGGCGAAGUCACCAAGGAAAAGCUUAUUCCAGGUGCACCCGAUGACGUAAACAAUAAUUUAGCUACUUGGGAAUAUACAUUGAAAAUUAUUUUCAAAAUGAAGGGUGUGACAGAAGGAGUUGGACAAGAUGUUGUCAUAGAGACAAGAGGAAAUGGUGCUCUCUGCGCUUUACUGUUGGCCAAUCUUAUAUUUUAA